AACGUCGCUUUCAUCAUAUCAGUUUCACUUCACUCGUGCACUUCCCUUGGCGAGCUAUACAUACAUUAUACACACAAACAACUCUUUUCGCUCUUUUCUUUUGUUCGCAGCUCUCUCUCUCUAGGAUUCACCAGAUCCUUCAUCUAGAGAGAGAAACUCUAUCUACUUCGCAGCUGGUUCCGGAGCUUCUCGCAGAUCGAUCCGCUUACCAGUUUGCAAGCUAGGGAAUCUAAAGGGAAGGUGGUACUGUUAGAUGGUAUGCCACAGUUGCAUAGGGCCGGUGCUUCUUCAAAUUGGGUACAUUGGGAGGACAAGUAGGUCAAGAGCUCAGCUUAGCUUCGCUACAAAGAAUUUGAUUACAGCUAAAAGUCCAGAAUAUUUGUGGAAUAGCAGCCUUACUAGCAUAAGAAAAAUGAUGGUGGAUACAAGUGCAGAUUCUACAAAGGGUUCAGCUUCUAACCUCUUACCUGAAAAGGAUGAAGAUGGUUGCUACUCUAGUGGAGGCUCGAAGAGCCAAGAUGGAAAACUGAGCUAUGGGUAUUCAAGUUUCAAAGGAAAGCGAGCAUCUAUGGAGGAUUUCUAUGAUGUCAAGAUUUCUGAAAUGGAUGGAACAACAGUUUGUCUCUUUGGGAUAUUUGAUGGCCAUGGAGGUCCACGUGCUGCUGAGUUUCUUAAAAAAAAUCUGUUUGACAGUCUUGUGAAGCAUCCAGAUUUUCUCAGCAACACCAGAUUAGCUUUAAGCCAAACAUAUCAACAGAUUGAUAAGGACUUUCUGGAUUCCGAGGAUACUUCUCGCGAUGAUGGAUCAACGGCAUCAACAGCAGUUCUCGUGGGAAACCAUCUCUAUGUUGCCAACGUUGGAGAUUCACGGACAGUUAUAUCAAAGGCUGGGAAAGCAAUUCCUCUCUCUGAGGACCAAAAGCCGAACCGAGAUGAUGAGCGGACGAGAAUUGAGAAUGCUGGCGGUGUUGUAAUGUGGGCUGGAACUUGGAGGGUUGGAGGAGUUUUAGCAAUGUCCCGUGCGUUUGGUAAUCGUAUGCUAAAGCCAUUUGUUGUGGCAGAGCCUGAAAUUCAGGACCAUGUACUUAAUGAAGAUUGUGAACUGCUCGUGCUUGCCAGUGAUGGACUGUGGGACGUUGUACCUAAUGAGGACGCUGUGGCACUUGCUAUAAACGAAGAAGAACCCAUGGCUGCGGCGCGGAAAUUGACUGACACUGCUUUUACUCGAGGGAGCGCCGAUAACAUCACAUGUAUUGUUGUGAAGUUUAAUCAUGAGAAAUCAGAGGUAUCUCACCCCUAGUGAAUGAAAAUCUGUGGUAUCAGUUCAUGUUGGAUCUAUGGGACAUGUCGGGCAAGAGGUUGGUGGUUUGUGAUUUCAUUUUUUUAUUCUAUUUAUUUUUUCCUUUUUUUUUUCUUCCUAUACCAAAGGAACAGAGAACAUAGACUGUUUAGGCUAGACCUUUGUAUGUGUUCUGUAUUGCAGUGUUUCUUUGAUAGCUUUCAGUCUAUAGGAUUAAAGAUUUUACUGGUAUGGAUUGCGGUAUGACCGCAGCCAUAUGGACAUAAGUCCUUUUUCUUGCAUUUUAAUCUUGCUGAACCUUUUAAAGUCUCGUGUUAACUUUUGUCUCUGCAAAGGUAGCUUUUAUCUUCCCAUUGGUCCGAAUUUAUAAAAUUCUUUUCCUUUCA